AAACGCAGAAGUCGCAGAUGAAGUGUCUUUGUGGCUGGAGAAAGUCAGGCUUUAGCGCGGAGUCACUUCAUGUCUGUUUGCCAGGAGAAAACGUGUCGAGGGACACAUCGCCCUUCAAGAGUCAAAGAGAAACUUUAAGGAGCAUUUAAAGCAGAUCUCCAUAUAUAAACCGGUUCUAGACCAGCAGUCCAGGUGUUUGGCUCUCCAUGGCAACACGAGGCCACGCCUCCAGCUCAUUAAUGAGCAACCACACCAAGGAGAGAGUGACCAUGGCUAAGGUCACCCUGGAGAACUUCUACAGCAACCUGAUCACACAGCAUGAGGAGAGAGAGAUGAGGCAGCAAAAACUGGAGAAGGUGAUGGAUGAGGAAGGACUGCCUGAUGAAGAGAAACGUGUUCGGCGUUCUCAGCAUGCUCGUAAAGAGACUGAGUUCCUCCGUCUGAAGAGAACUAGACUGGGUUUGGAUGACUUUGAGUCUUUGAAGGUGAUUGGACGAGGAGCAUUCGGGGAGGUGCGUUUGGUUCAGAAGAAAGACACGGGUCAUGUUUACGCCAUGAAGAUUCUUCGCAAAGCAGAUAUGCUGCAGAAAGAGCAGGUUGCUCAUAUCCGUGCGGAGCGGGACAUCUUGGUUCAGGCAGACAGUCUCUGGGUGGUGAAAAUGUUCUACAGUUUUCAGGAUAAACUGAAUCUGUACUUGCUCAUGGAGUUUCUGCCUGGAGGAGACAUGAUGACACUGCUGAUGAAGAAAGACACACUGACGGAGGAAGAGACUCAGUUCUACGUGGCGGAGACGGUUCUGGCCAUCGACUUCAUCCAUCAGCUAGGCUUCAUUCACCGAGACAUCAAACCAGACAACCUGCUGCUAGACUCCAAGGGUCAUGUCAAGCUGUCUGAUUUUGGCUUGUGUACAGGCCUCAAAAAAGCACAUCGGACGGAGUUUUAUCGCAACCUGAAUCACAGCCAAUCAAACGACCUCACGUUUCAGCAUAUGAACUCGAAGAGGAAGGCCGAGACAUGGAAGAGGAACCGCAGGCAGCUGGCCUUCUCCACAGUGGGAACGCCAGACUACAUCGCUCCAGAGGUGUUCAUGCAGACCGGAUACAACAAGCUCUGUGAUUGGUGGAGCCUCGGCGUCAUCAUGUACGAGAUGCUGAUUGGCUAUCCUCCGUUCUGCUCAGAAACUCCUCAAGAAACCUAUAAGAAGGUGAUGAGCUGGAAGGAGACGCUGGUUUUUCCUCCAGAGGUGCCGAUCUCUGAGCGUGCUAAAGAGCUGAUCCUGCGCUUCUGCUGCGAGGCGGAUCAUCGAAUCGGUGCCAGCGGCGUGGACGACAUAAAGAGGAACGCAUUCUUCGAAGGAGUCGAUUACGACCACAUCAGAGAGAGACCUGCAGCCAUUACCAUCGAGAUCAAGAGUAUCGACGACACAUCCAACUUCGACGAGUUUCCAGAUUCAGACAUCCUGCAGCCAACAAGUCCUGUUGUAGUGAGCAACCAUCACCCGGAGUCGGACUACAAGAACAAGGACUGGGUUUUCAUCAACUACACCUACAAGCGCUUCGAGGGCCUGACGGCGAGAGGAGCCAUACCGUCAUACAUGAAGAGCGGGAAACGCUGAGAAUCCAGAGCCAAUCACUGCACUUCCUCAUCCACACUACCAAAGAAAACAUCUCUGCGUCCAGACCUCUGUCAGAAACACACUCCUGUGCUGCUGCAUACUGCCAGCGCUUCUUUAUUAGUCCUUAAUGUAAGCUAAUCUGAGGCGGAAUUCACGAAAAUAUGCUCAAGAGUUUUCUUAAAGGGAUGUUUCACCUAUAAAUAUAAGUUCUGUCAACUUCUGUUGAACACAAAGGAAGAUUUCCUGAAGAAUGAUGGAAAAAAACAAUGUCAAUGGCUGCUUUUUUCCAACAUUCUUCUGAAUAUCUUCCUCUGUGUUCAACAGAAGAAACUCGUAAAAGUUUAGACUUCCUUAAAUGUGAGAGAAUCUAAUUUAAAAUGUAUUUUAUUUGCGUGAACUGACCCUUAAAGUUUUAUUUAGAGAUUUUUCUUGACUGUAAUUCAUGAAAAAAUCUGUUGAAGAUCUCAAUAUUUUUUUCUUAAGAUCAUUCUUAUAUUUAAAUCAAUAAAAUGAAAGAAUAGCUACGAUAGAUUCAUUAGCGCUGCAUUUAGGCAUGCACCAAAUUUUCAACUUCCAAACAUUAUCAGCAACAAAUGGCGUUUUUCUGCAAAAAAAGAGAAAACAGGAGCCGAAAAAAGGCUCAUGUCAAUAUGAGACCAUCGCUGCGUCCCAAUUCGCAUACUAAUACUACACCCUAAAAGUAUGUACCUUUUUGUGAAAGGAAAGUACACACUAUAGUGUGUAACAGAAGAGUAUGCAAGCUUUUGGGACAUACUACUUCCUCGUUAACAGAUCGUUGUGUUGCUUAGUUACGAGACCUGUCAAUCAUCCACACAUCAUCCACAUGUCUGUCAUAUUUAAUUCCCUACCUUAUUGGAGAAGCAGCAGCAGCAGGUUAAUCUCCCAUUCACCAGUCUAUCAUGCAGAGAAAUCUCCUCAGGUGUUUGGAUAAUUCUGCAUUCAGACAGUAAUGUCCAAACAUAACACAGAAAUAUAACACAGAAAACGUGAUUAAAACAUGUUCCAGUGGGCGAGAUAUUAAUUAACAGUCAUACAAACAUCUUUACUGAAGCCUCUCUCUACUUGACGGUUGGUCUUGCGCGUCCAUCAUGUUUGUAGUUUGUUUACACUUUUCACCCGCGUUUGUAGUUCUAAAUCGAAUUCACGUCCUACGCGCAAUGUAUUGUGGGUAAUAUCAGCGGUUAGAGUACGGACGCUUCUACACUUCGAGUUUUUAGCAGAAAUAGUAAACCAUACGGGAACCUUAGGCGUACUCUUUUCAGCAUACUACGAUCUGGGACAUACUAAUUCUACUUUCAAAUACUAUUUAGGACGGAUAGUAUGCGAAUUGGGACGCAGCGCAUGCAAUGGUAGUUUGUUGCCACGAUGACCAAAGUGCGUGUCCUGUGGUCAAAGUUUAAAAUACCCAAUUUUCCGCUGUGUGUGUAUAUUCCGCUCAUGUAAAUGUAUUCUAGUUGAACGCAAAUGCUCACCAGAAAUGCAAAGUCUGUUCAAAUAACGCGCCGACAGGCUAUUUCUGUGUAGUAUACUAGUUCCUGCUGCUUACUAUAGAGCUAUGGUGUUGUCAUGGCAACUCUGGUGUGCUUAUUUUAUUGGCUUGUGUUUUUAAAAAUCAGUGACUUUUAAUUUAAUCAAAUAACAAUUAUUACAAAGCAUUUUCCGGCCAAGUACAUACAGAAUUUUCAUCUCGGUGUAUUUCUAAUGUACAUUGUUUCACUUUAUUUGAGAGGAAAAACAAUAAUUGUAUUAGAAAUCUCAGACUUUGGGGAUCUACAACUAGUUUUCAGUUAACUUUAAGACAUUUUUAAGAGCUUUUCAAGAAUUUGAAUUCUGAUUCACUGAUUCGUUCAGAAGAAUCAACUCUGACAGUCUGAAUCAGUUCUGUCUCUAAGUUUUGUCUAAU